UUUUCUCCUCUCCCCCCUUUCAGUUGGCUUUUAUUUAAAUUUGGGCCAGGGGGGUAGGCUUCCCAGCGAAAUAGCCUGCAGUGACAAGAUGGCGAACAGAGGGUUGUGAGGUGGGAUGUUAUAUGAAAAACGCGUUCAUCGAUGAAUUAAGGUGUGUAAACCAAAGUGUGUGUGUGUGUGUGUGUGUGUGUGUGUGUGAGAGAUGGAACAGCAGAACCAUUCAAAGCAGCUGUUGCUGCAGCUGAACCAGCAGCGAGCCAAAGGGUACCUGUGUGAUGUCAUCAUCGUGGUGGAGAACGCGCUGUUCCGCGCCCACAAGAACGUCCUGGCGGCCAGCAGCGUCUACUUCAAGUCGCUGGUCCCCCACGACAACCUCAUCAACCUGGACACAGAGAUGGUCAGCCCCUCCAUUUUCAGACAGGUGUUGGACUUCAUCUAUACAGGUCGUCUGUCCAGUUCUGACUCCGUCAGUGACCACAGUAUCUCGUCCCUCCUGAUUGCCGCCUCCUACCUCCAGCUGACCGAACUGGCUGCUCUCUGUCGCAGGAAGCUCAAAUGCAACGGCCAGACCCCCUCCAGCUCCAACAAGAUGACCCCCUCCUCCUCCACCUCCCCAACCCCCAAUGGACACACCCCUGGCCCCCUCCAUCUCUCCUCCACCCCCCUCAGAGCCACCCCCAUCCACAACCACCAGCACCAUAACAACCACUCAGGGUCCAAGAAGGGGAGCCAGAGGAACCAGAGACGGGGCCAGGAGGGAAGGCUGAGAGAGGAUCUGCCCGAGAAGGAGGUGUAUAUUUCGGGCUCGCGCUGUGCCUCCCUCAGCCCUUCUGGAGAAGGUAGGAGUAAUGGGCUGGGACUGGACCUGUCCAAGAGGAGUCCGUCAGGGAGCACUACCACAGAGGAGGUGUCCCCCAGCAGUCUCCUACAGAGCUCCUCCCCCCACUCCUCCUCUCUCUCCCCCACUCCCACUCCUCCCACAACAUCUAGUGCCAAGCCAGAGCCUUCAAAGACCUCCACAGACCUCCAGCCCAGAGCCCCUCGCAAGAGGCCCCGAGGUGAUAAAGUGACGACCCCAGAGCUGGAGGACGGAGAGGUGGAUGGAGAGGAGAACGGCCUAGAUCAGAGUGAGGGGAGCGGGCAGAGUGGGAGAGGAGGAGGAGGAGGAGGAGGAGGAGGAAAAGGAAGUAGAAACGGAAACACCAACUACAUCUACCGUCAGCCCCAGCCAGGGUUUGAGCCAGGUGUGGGGGACAACCUGUACGUCUGCAUCCCCUGUGGGAAAGGCUUCCCCAGCUCAGAACAGCUCAACGCCCACGUCGACACACACACACACGACCAACUCUACCUCAAAGACGAGGAGGAGGAGGAGGAGGAGGAGGAAGAAGAGGAAGGUGGUGGAUACUUGAAGGGCAAAGAUCCAGACGCAUUCCCAGAUGACUCUGCAUCACAGGGGGUGAAACCUGACGCUGAAGAACCUGGGCAUCUCUGCACAAUCUGCAGUAAGAGCUGCAAGGACUCGACAUCACUACGGCAACACGAGAAGAGCCAUUGGCUGAACCGGCCGUUCCCCUGUAACAUCUGUGGCAAGCUGUUCACCCAGCGAGGCACCAUGACGCGCCACAUGAGGAGCCACCUGGGCCUCAAGCCCUUCGCCUGCGAGGAGUGCGGCAUGCGCUUCACACGCCAGUACCGCCUCGCCGAGCACAUGCGGGUCCAUUCGGGGGAGAAGCCGUACGAGUGCCAGCUGUGUGGCGGGAAGUUCACCCAGCAACGCAACCUCCUUAGUCAUAUGAGGAUGCACACCUCGCCCUCAUAGAGGACACUUCACCAUCUUUACUGCAGCUGAACCACAGUUCUAUUAGGCUGUCUACCUCGUCUUCAGAUAACUAUCUGGAGCCUCUGUUACCCAUAGUACCUCCUCACCCUCGUAAACACACCUAGGUUCUACCUCAUCUUCAGAAAUUCACCUUGAACUUAAUUACCUCACCUUUAUAACCAAUCCCCCUGAGUAACUUUACCCAUAUUUUCAACCUCUUAACAACUAUCACCCAUACCCUCAACUACGGAUUCAUAUUUUCCAGAAAAUCUACCUAGUUUCAAUACCGGGAAUAAUUCAUUUAUCCCGAGUCCCGGAAAAUACAGCAAAAAUCAGAAGUGCCCAUUUUAAAGCCUUUCAAACCAAGAUAUGGUCACUAUGCCAGGGUUCUCCCAAAAUAAGAUUGCAGCUGCGCAACAUUGCCGGCUUGGCUGCGCCACUAUAUAAAGGUUUCACAGCAAGUGAAACUGAUAUUUAGUAAUGAUAGAGUAACUUUGAUCACCAAUGACAUUGUUGGGAAUUGCGAAACAGGCCGUUCAUAAAUUCAGAGCAUUAUCAUGUUACUCAAUUAAUUCAGCGUAUUUCAGCAGUAGGCCUAGGCUAUCUCGAGACAGAGCAUGCUAAGGACCCUCAGAACACACCCAGAGUAGGCUAAAGCAUUGUCGAAUCAUACAAACUUUGUAACGGUAGUCAAACUAAAGUAAAAUGACCAACGUUGCUAAGCUUGUUAGAUAACCUCCAACGAAUGACAGAAUAUCUCCUAUUUGGCAAAAUCGAGUUGAUGAUUAUACAGAUAGCAGAUCAGCUCAUGAAUAACAAGGAGAUGAAGAGAGGAAAUUGUUUAAAUAUCAAGGUAUCUUAACGGAGACCAACUGUUUAAAAAAAGAUAUAUCCAUAUCUACUUUCAUACCGUUUGUUGAUCACACAUUCUCUACCGACGCUCUCAUGGGCAGCAAUACGAGACAGCGCAGAGAAGCGGGGAAAAUGUUAUAGUGGUAUUUUGACAUGCAUAAGCGAGACAUGCUUUGAUAAUGCAACCUAUGGAUUACAGAAUAAAGUUAGGAAUUUUCAUGCGA